UGUCGGAGGUGUCAUAACUUCCUGAGAUUUCCGCACAUGACCGGUAGAACGAACUCGCGUCGGGAGGCCGAGGAGGUCUUACCGCUGUUGGCAUUGGAGGCCGGCUUGUCCGUCCACGAUAAGGCGAUCGACGCGGGCAAACCCAUGGCCAGUGAUCAGAAGCCGUACCAGCGCGCCGGUUAUGUGUCCUACACGCUCAAGCCGGGUACCAGCGGCAACCGACGACAACUCACCGCUGUGUACGGCUCCAUGGCUGCCGGCUCAAGCAGGAAGAGCGGCGUACCAGUGGCCCCACGCCCUACCGAAUCAGACGCACUUCUUGGCGGUAGCGACCAGAACAGCAACCAAAGUGAAACAGAGAGCGACAGUGACGGCAGCUGCACUGCCAGCAGCACGGGCGGCUCGCUCCAGUCCAUUCUGAGAACCCCCUCGGCUGAUUUCUCGUGCCGUAGUCUCAAGAAACAGACCUCAGUCGAGUUUGUGCUGGAUAUCGACAGCGACGAGGAUGAGGACACGAAGCGGAGGCUCGAAGGCUUCUGUGCCUCGCGAUGCAUGCCUCGCCGUCUCACCAUUGAGGAAAAGGCGGCGCUGUACCGUGUACGCCCCGACCUGGAGCUCGUCCCCACUGUGCUACUGCUCUCGGAACUCGAGGAGAUGCGGCGACGACGUCAACGCAAGCUCAUGUUCUCCAUGCUGGGCGCGUCGCUUAUCCUGCUCAUGAUGAUCGUUUUCUACUAUCUCGUCUCGCAAAUGUAACGUGAAUGUUGACCUCCUAGGAACAAGGGUCACACACAGGGGGCCGGCCGGCUGCU